AUGGAAGAUAGAUUGGAUCGCCACAUGUUUCCAACCCUUUGUAUGAAUGUCUUGGCUGGGUCUUGUUUUGGUCUUGGCUGGGUCAUUGAUGUCUCAUCUUGUAUGUGCAAGGCCCUUUGCAAGGCUUUUUCCACCUAUGCAGCUGAAUUGAUGACAUUAGGCAGGCUCCAUUCAAUCCCCUUGUUUUUUAUUUAUUAGUCUACAACUGUAAAACCCCAAGGGAUAAGUAUGUCCUACCUAGAACCAAUUAAGGUGAUAUACAACUCAGUGGCGUCUCCCACAUACCCCGUCCCCUAGCCUGAGUCCCAGUCUGUUUGUGCUACAUGCCAACUUCUUGUCAAUCGAUGUCAUGUUUGGCUGGACAAUGACCAAUGGAGUUAGAAAAAUUACAAACAGUUCUGGGACCAGGCUAACCGUCUCCCAUAUUAUUGACUGGCAAUAUUAUUUUCAUACAGGUACCUUACCUGCCCUCGAGUAAAGCUCAGAUCGUAAACGUCAUGCAGCUUCUGAAGGGACGCAGAGGCCAACUAGUUGAUCUGGGAUCAGGAGACGGGAGACUGGUGUUUGCUGCCUACUCUGUUGGCCUCCAGUGUACUGGAUUUGAGAUAAACUCCAUGUUGCUGGCAUAUGCUAGAGUGAAGGCACGCUGGACAGGAGUACCACCCAGCCAGGCAAACUUUGUCAACAAGGACUUCUGGAAGACUGAUUUGUCAAACUACAACAAUGUGACUGUAUUCCUAGCCCCAGGAUUGAUGGAGGUGCUGUGUGAGAAGCUUCUGAGGGAGCUUCCUGAUGACGCGUGUGUCGUCGCCUGCCGCUUCCCCUUCCCCCAGUGGCCCCACCGAGCCUCGCAGGGCGACGGCCUCGACCAGGCCUGGGCCUAUGACAUCAGCACUGUACGCUCAGCCCUGGGCCAGGCAUGACCCUAUGACCUUAUACUGUGCAUCGAUGACUGGAUUAGUCCUAAUGUCAUUCACUGGUUCACACCAAACCCAAUAUAUGCUAAUUAUCACCCCAAAUCAAACCCAGUAUCGCCAACUGCUUCUGUCUUUGUGUACCUUUUCUUUUUUGAUUUAUUCAAAAUUCAAAAGGCACUCGCACAUCUGAGCUAUCUUUGUUGCAGGUGCAUGGUAACAGUUGAACAAGAUGAGAAAAAAGAAGAAACCUGCACACUGCUCUUGAUAGUAUCACUGCUCUUACGUAUCGGCCUCAUGGCCUUCCUCAGAGCAUUUGUGAGUUAACAAAAAAAAUGUACACCCUUAUGUAGACAUAGCUCCACCCACAUCCGUUCAAUGCAUCAAAUGGGAUUGGAGUUGAGGGAAAAUGAUUUGAAUAUUUCUGUUAUAUUUAUUGUUAUAUUUUGUAAUGCUUACUUAAGUGUUAACAUAAAACAUUAAACGGGUGUUGUUGGAAGUAGA